AUGCAUGCUGCUAGGCUUAAUGAAGUUAAGUCGCGGGAGCAUAAUCCUAGACAGUCUUGUGAAGAGGGUCAAACGCUUAUAUCCCAGGCACAGUCCGUUCGGAAUGACAUUAUCACUGGUGCUCAGCUGAAGCGUCGUGUGGUAUUUGCGAGGAAUAUAAAAUUGUUUUUUGGGGGCCCUCGACAUUCACUUAUUGAUUCGAGCGCCACUAGAGCACGGAAAAGAUUGACUCGGGAGAGAUGCGAGCGUAUCUGUGGCUUAAGGCCAGACGGAGUAAUCACUUGGGCGGCAGCGUUCCCUCCAAGCACAUGGACAGCUAGUUCCAUGUCAAACAGUGCCUUUGACUACGUGGAAGAGCAUAUCGAACAAGGCCUUCCAGUAGUAUGGCCAUCUGAAAUCUUCGAGAUUUUGAAUGACUUAGAGGUCGAGGAGCCGUUAAAUCUAUCGUCCAAAUACAAGGGAUUCCUUGAAGCCGUCCGGAGAAGUGAGCAAGAGAAACUGACACCAGCCGGUCCAGUACCCAGACUGCGGGUCUAA